GUGGAGCUUUGGUUUGGUUUUAUUUUACCGAGAGAAGUGCAUAAGGGCUCAGCAGGGAUGUGUGUGUGAAGGUCUGCUGGGAUCUCGCAUCUUCUUUAAAUAACAUGAGUGGGACCUAUGAGAAGAAGAUGGCCGUUUUAACUGACCUGAGCACCUCUUUGAGUUGCCACUCCAAGGACUCGCCCACCCUACCUGAGUCCACCGCUACGGACAUGGGCUACUAUAGCGGUCCAAUGGCUCCUAGCCAACAUGAAUACUACCAGAGUCAGGCGUACUCUCAGUCACUCAACCCGUACGGCUACCACCAUCAUAGCCAGUUCAAUCUGAGCGGCCUGGUGGGAUCAGAUGGCUUUAUGCCCAAAGAAGAGUAUCAGUUUGGAGGUGGAUACCGCUCUUAUGGACAUUACCGAGAAGCCCCAGCCCCAGAGUCAGUUUCCAUAAAGGAGGAACCGGAAACUGAGGUACGAAUGGUCAACGGAAAACCAAAGAAGGUCCGAAAACCAAGGACCAUCUACUCUAGCUACCAGCUAGCAGCACUGCAGAGACGUUUCCAGAAGGCCCAGUACUUAGCGCUACCUGAGAGAGCAGAACUCGCAGCUCAGCUGGGACUAACACAGACACAGGUCAAGAUUUGGUUCCAGAACCGGAGGUCAAAAUUCAAGAAACUUUACAAGAAUGGUGAGGGUCCCGGUCUGGAGCACAGCCCCAACAACAGUGAUUCAAUGGCUUGCAAUUCUCCCUCAUCUCCACCUAUGUGGGAGCAUAGUAGAAGCAGAACCCCUCAGCAACAAAGUCUUCCUCAUUGUUCUUCCCCAAGCUAUCUUGAGAACUAUAACCAAUGGUAUAACCAGCAAAACCAACCAGGACCUCAUCUACAGCCCCCUGAUACUUUGCACCAACCUCCACCAAAUACAGUGUAUUAAGUGACUGAGACUUUGAAGUUAGUUCAGAUGGAGUAUACAUGCCUUUGACUAAGAGGGUGUAUUUGGGCUACAGACUCUAUUUAAGGGACAUUGGUAAAAAGAACAUUUUUAUAAGAUAUUUUUGAAGGACCAAUAUUCACCCAAAGCCCCUCAAGCAAAGGUCUAUGGAUUGCCAUAAUAUUGAAAGACUUAUGGAUACCAGGUCCAACACGCAUCUUAUCUGACUUGACUCCUCAGCUAACUUGGACAUAGAAAGGUCUAUCACCAGGAGAUCCAUGAUUUCCUUCUCGAACAAAUCGUACCUUUGUUGGUACAGUGUAAUGGAGGACUUUUCCAUGAUCUUAAAGAUGCCUAAAAGACAUGGGACUCUGUACCGGACCUAGGUUUCAAUGAAAAACUCCAUGCUUUUAUAAGAGUUUGUUGACAGUCUUGAAUCUUGAUCUCACUACACAAACCAACUUUGCCAUAUUUAAAGAAAAUUAAUGAGGCUGUUUUAACUUAUUUUUGUAAUAUUUUUGGGAACUGUAUGGAAUAGGAGGGAAUUAAAUUUCUGAAAAAAGGAUUUGGAAGGAGGUGACAUGAGGAUGUUAAUGUCUGAAUGCAAAUUAAAAUAUUGAGUUUUGCUAAAUAAGCAGAACAUUUUCAA